CGCCGCCAGGGCAUCGACUUCGACCGCAACCGGUCCGAAGGGGUCGACUCUGCCCGGUUCGCCGCGCUGAUGAUGUCAUCGGGGCUCGUCUGCAACGACUCGGUGAGUUGGGUCACGUUCCACAGCGCGUACGACUUCGGCUACCUGGUCAAAAUUCUCACGCGCCGGAACUUGCCCAGUGGCUUGGACGAGUUUUUGAGGAUUUUGAGGGUCUUUUUCGGAAACAGAGUUUAUGACGUGAAGCACAUGAUGCGCUUCUGUAAGAGCUUGUACGGUGGGUUGGACCGGGUUGCUAGAACCUUAAAGGUGGACCGGGCGGUCGGAAAGUGCCACCAGGCCGGUUCGGAUAGCUUGCUGACAUGGCAUGCGUUUCAGAAGAUGAGGGAUGUGUAUUUUGUGCAUGGCGGGCCUGAGCGACACGCUGGAGUGUUGUAUGGAUUGGAAGUGUUUUGAUUAUUUAAAGAUGCAAAAAAUUUAUGAAUUAAUUUGUAUAUUAAAUUUAAUUGCUUUCUUAAU